GUUAGUGGGAGGGAGAAGGAGAGAGUCCCGAAGAAAGGAGUGAAUGAGUGCUUGGAAAGCUGGGCUGCCCCGGGAAACGAAGCAGUGUUUCAAAACUUCUCCGCUUUUCGACUUCGUGGUGAAAAUACAAGCUGUGCUUCUAGUGAAUGCAGGAAAUAUCGCUUGCUGUUCAGGCGGUAUCAUGACUAAAGGAAGCUGAUUUGGUGCACUGUCGCCAUUUGGGAUGUCUGAAGCCAAACAUUACCUCAAAGAGGAAGAAGGCAAAGAAGAGGUGAGAGAAGGGACAACAUCUGCUCUGAGAGGAUAAGAUCAGCAGCCCAUCUGGAUCUGCGCAGGGAACCUAACGGACCUUUCUCUUUCUAAGGAAGGGAAGUAAAACUCUCCAAUAGCUUAAAGGGCUUCAAGAAUUUUUAUUAAGUUUUUCAUCAUUGUUUUUUACCUUCUCUGAGCUAAAGCCAUGUGCCAUGUUAUUGUAACAUGCCGUUCCAUGCUGUGGACCCUACUCAGCAUUGUAGUGGCGUUUGCUGAGCUCAUCGCAUUCAUGAGCCCGGACUGGUUGCUGGGAUCGCCUCGGAAUGACACCAGCGGGAUCAGGGCAGGAGUGGACUCCGGAUACCGGCCGUCUCUCGGCCUUUACAACCGCUGCCUUCGUAUUGGGACCCCGCAGGUGAACUGUGGGCCCUAUGCCACGACAUUUGGAGAAGUGGCCAGCGGUUUCUGGCAGGCUGCCAUGUUGUUUCUGGCAGCGGGGACAUUAGUGCUUGGGUGUGUGGCCUUUAUCUCCAUCUUCAGCCUGUGUUUUCAGAGCAUCCUGAAGAAGAGCAUAUUCAACAUCUGUGGACUGCUUCAGGCUGUUGCAGGCCUGUUACUGAUGGUCGGCCUCAUGCUGUACCCUGCUGGUUGGGGUUCAGAUAAGGUGAAGUUCUACUGUGGCCCCGAUGCGUUGCCGUUUCGACCAUUUAAUUGUUCACUUGGCUGGGCGUUCUACACAGCGAUAGGAGGAUUGCUAGGAACCUUCUUGUGUGCCGUUCUGUCUGCACAGGCCGAGAUCGCUACUUCCAGCGAUAAAGUUCAGGAGGAGAUUGAGGAUGGGAAAAAUCUGAUCUGCCUGCUCUGAGCCUUUAGAAACCCUGGGAAGCUCCAGAAGAUCACCCACGGUGUAAUUUCUCUGAUGUGGACUACAACUUCGUGGAGGGAGGACGGAUGUUUCACUGUGGGAUUUUUCUUUUCCCUCCCUCAUGAUAGUCUGGAUAAAAUCAGCUGAUUGUUGUAAACGGCCUUAAUAACCUCCCCCUGGUUUAUUUUUCUUUCUUUUUUUUUUUUUUGCUCUCUUCUGAUGGAGACUACCUGAUGAGCAGUUGAAAGGGGAAUAAAAUGCUUUCCCCCCUUUUCAGAACUUCAGUUUAAAAACCUCUGGUAAAGCUGCAGAAGGAGGAAUACUUAUAUGCUUUUGAACAAGUUAACUUUUUAUUUUUGCUGGAAUAGCAGGAGGUUAGUCAAAGAAAUUGGAUUGGCAGUGGAUGGGUUUUUAGAUUUAACAUGUUAAACACGGCCAGAAAGCCAGUUUAUUUGUUUUAACCAUCAUUUUGUUCAUUCAUAGGGUUCGAUCACUGACCACUACCAGAUUCAUCCACUCAAACACCCAGCAACAUUCUUGUACAAAUAUUUUAUUAUUGUAUUAAUAUAGCAUAAGGUUCAGUUACCUUUAACAAAAAUGGUUAGUAGACUUGAGCUACUUUUCACUUUCUUACUAUGAGUACAUUUCAGAACCUGUACUUUUUUACUUUUACUUGAGUAAAAAAGUUGCUUUACUUCAACUUUUAUUGGAGUAUUUUUUUUAAACACGGGUAUCUGUACUUCUGCUUAAGUAAAGAAAAUCUGUACUUUUGCCACUUCUGGUGAUAGACAUUAACUCGAGGUUUCUUAAAUGCCUAUGUGCUCUGAUUCUGUGGUAGCAGGACAUUGAGACUCUUUUUAAACGCUUUAAGUUGAAAAUCACCACAGAAGGGAUUUUUAGUUUCAAAGGGAGCUCCUCCUGUUUAACUGAUUGUGUAGCUUAAUAACUGUUUGUGUGUGCGUGUGCAGAAACAAACAAAAGAAAACAGAGCUCUGCCAGAUGUUUCAUUGUGUGUGGCUUCGUGACGGGCUAAAGCAGCGAGAUAAAGCAGGUGGUUUAUCAUGAAAAACCGUAUGACAUGCAGAAAGCCAAAAACACAAGUUCUGGCUUUGUGAAGAUGCCCAAAAGGAAAAGAUAAGGAUUGAAAAAAACCUCCCACUGGCUCAUUACACUUCAUUCCCACUCGUGAGUGAUUUGGACACUUUUGCAAAGCUGAUUAAAGUGGACCUCCAUCGCAGUUUGAUGGUUUUCCAAUUGGAACCUAUUGUAUUUUGCACUUGGCCUUUAAAUCAUUUCACAUUGCUGCAUAUUGUAUUCAUUUCUAAUUCAUCCAUGCUAAAUGUUACUGUAUAUGUUAGGAUUCAUGUGAUGCAGUGCUUUUAUUCAUUGUAGAUGAGAUGUGCAAUAAUUCCAUUAGUGUUGUUUUCUGAGAGCGAGUAGGCAGAAUGAAAGUGAACUUGUGGAUUUACAUCCAAACGCAUUCCUAGUAUGACUGUGAUUAAAUACAUACUGUCUGCUAUUUUUGUUACAUUAACAAAAGCGUAUAAGUGGAACACUGUAUGAGGCUUCAUGUAUGAGAGGGUGAUCUAUCUGAGGACAGAGAACCUGUGCUUAAAUAAAGCAGGACUUCUUUACUCUGUGUUAGAAAUGUGUAAAAUCUGUUUCUACUGUGCCAAGACUUCCUGAUGAAACACUGACCCCUGGAGACGGACGGUGGACAUUAGCUCAUAACAGUGUUAAAAGAGGCUUGUGAGGUAAAUCUGAAGUGAUAUGAGAUGUUUAACAAGUUUAAUUUUUUCUUUUUUUACUGGCAAAUUUUGAAUUUUAUAUUAAAUCCAUUUAUGUUUAA